AUGACAGGAUUGAAUAAAGAUGAUGCUUUUCAACUAUUUUGUUUGCAUGCAUUCAAAAGAGAGAAACCGGUUGACGGUUAUGGAGAGUUUGUUGAACAGAUCGUAAAUUAUGCUGGGAGCAUUCCACUAGCUUUAACGGUGCUGGGUUCGGAUUUAUAUGGUAGAAGCGAAAGUGAGUGGGUAAGUGCAAUGGAUCAGUACAAGCAAAUCUCUCACCAAGAUAUUCAAAAAAUACUUCAAACAAGUUAUGAUAGGUUAAGUGAAGAUGAAAAGAAUGCUUUUCUUGACAUUGCAUGUUUUUUCAAUGGACAAUUACGGCUUGAUGAUGUCACUGUAAAGAUACUAGAUAGUUUUGGUUUUUGUCCAAACUUUUCGAUCCCAAGGCUUAAGGAGAAGUGUCUUAUUUCGGUGUUUGAUGGAAGACUGCAAAUGCAUGACUUGUUACGAGAUAUGGGUAGAGAAGUUGUUCGACAAGAAUCGCCCAAAAAUCCAAGAGCACGUAGCAGAUUAUUCUUUCAUAAAGACAUUUGCGAAGUACUGGAGUAUGAUAUAAAUCUCAUGGUUAUGAAUAUCCGUGGUUGUGAAUUCUUAACGAAAAUCUCGGAUAUUUCAAAGUGCCCAAAUUUGCAACAAAUGGAUUUUAAAGACUGUAAAAAUCUAGUCAAAGUUCAUAAAUCUGUUGCAUUACUUGAUAAGCUUGGUAGGUUGAAUCUUAGUGGAUGUACCAACCUAAAGAGCUUUCCAAGGGGACUGCUGUUGAGAUCUCUGCAAUUCCUUGAUGUCCAUUUGGAUGCAUCCGUUGAAGAUAUUGGAAAUUUAGCAAAUCCAAUGGGUCAUGGAAGUCAACUUUCUAAGAGGCGUCGUGUUGAUUAUGACGACGACCAAGAUGAUCACAACAUUGAAUCCAACUUGUUGACUUGA